UCCAAACACACAACAAUUUAGAGCAAAUCGAAACUAAGCUAAAGCGAGGAAAGACGAAAAGAAGACUGUCGAGUGUGUUGGAAAUUGCGGAGUCUGAAAGUCAUGAGUUUUCUCCAGAAGCCAUCGCGGAAGAUAUUCGUGAACUUCCUGUCUGGGGGCGCCGGUGCACCGUGGGAGGACGGGCAGAGCUCCGACCAGCAUCGAGACCGAGACCUACGGUGCUUUCCUCCCGAGGACUACGUCAAAGUGAACUCUUCUGUGUGGAUGCAAGGCACCGUCGCUCAGGUAAAGGAAGCGGAGGACAACGCUGUGAUCCUCAAUGACGGGACAGGCUCUGUGCUUCUACCAGCUUGUGACAAAGUGGCCUCAAAAAUACCGUUCAAGAAAG